AUGAAGAUGCUCACUAAAAUGACAACAGUGAAAUACGGUAUUCACCUGUUGGAUUAUAUUGGAUCAGAACGGUACACACUGAGCUUCACCGUGCGGGACUCACCAGCCCAUUUUGUAAACGUUGCCUCCUGGGGCAGUGAAGACUACAUCAGGUCCCUUGCCGACAGCUUUAGGGUUGGCGAGUGUGUGAUAAUUGAAAAUCCAUUGGUCCAAAGAAAGGAGCUAGAAAGAGAAGAAAAGUUCAGCCCUGCAACUCCUGGCACCUGUAAACUCUUGCUCAGUGAGAACCAUUCGGCGGUGACAGUCUGCUCCCGGCGUGAAGUGGACACCAAGUUACUGCCCCUGAUACACCUACCAGUCAAAGAGCCUCAGGACUAUUACUCACUGGGGGACAUUGUUGCAAACGGACAGAGUCUCGAGGGGCGGAUUAUUAAUGUGCUGGCAGCAGUGAGAUCGGUUGGGGAGCCAAGAGCCUUUACCACUGCAGACCGGAGGAAGGGCCAGCGCUGUGAAGUGAGGCUCUAUGAUGAGACGGAGCCUUCCUUGAUGAUGCUAUGCUGGGAUAACGAGUCUAUUCUCCUCGCGCAGAGCUGGGUGCCCCGAGAAACAGUGAUAUUUGCCUCAGACGUCAGAAUCGGUUUUGACAGAUUCCGGAACUGCAUGACGGCAACCGUAAUCUCUAAGACCAUCAUUACGACCAAUCCAGAUACACCAGAAGCUAACAUCUUACAGAACUUCAUAAGAGAAAAUACAGAAACAAGUGCUCCGGAUAAUGAAACCAAUAGUUAUUUGAAAGAAUCCAUAAAUUUAAACGCGAUUGUUGACGUCUGCACAGUGAAGCAGUUUAAGGUGAAAGCUUUGAAGAAGGAAGGACGGACAGAGCCUGUCUGUGCCAUCCUUUAUGCUUACAUCUCCAUGCUGAGCAUUGAUGACGGCGUGACAAAAGUCGUGCGCAACAAAUGUGGUGGCUGUGGUUACAUCGUAAAUGAAGCAUCCAACGCCUGUACAACCUGCACCAAGGCUGCGUCAGCAUUUCAGUGUGUCUUUCCCAGCUUGGAGCUGCUGGUCGACCUCAGUGACCACACAGGCACCCUGCCCUCCUGUAGUCUCACUGGGGGUGUCGCCGAGGAGACGUUGGGCUGCACGGUGAAUGAGUUUCUAGCGAUGACGGAUGAACAGAGAACAGCAUUAAAGUGGCGAUUUCUUCUGGAAAGAAGCAAAGUUUAUGUAAAAUUUGUCUGGUUGUCUGGAGCACGGGGUGGGUUCAGAGUCAGUGUGCUGUCCUGUAAGCUGGCGGACCCUGUGGAGGCAAGUGGCAACCUGUCAGGACAAGGAGAGCCCUGA